UUGAUUAAGCGAGUUGAAUAAAAGGCAUGCAUACUAUUCGUCAAAUUAUUUUAUUAUCUUUCGCUUUCAUACGGACUAAUGGUCAACAUAAUCCAAACUUUAAGCACAAUCGCAGAGCUAUUGUACAACUUUUCGAAUGGAAAUUUGCUGACGUUGCUAACGAAUGCGAGACCUUUCUCGGUAAACACAACUUUGGCGGCGUUCAAGUGUCACAAGUGAAUGAGAAUAUAAUAAUUAAAGGUCGACCUUGGUGUGAACGUCUACAGCCGAUGUCGUUUAAAAUUUUAACAAGAUCGGGAAAUUCUCAUGAAUUUCUCGACAUGACCAGACGAUGUGAAAAAGUAGGAGUUCGUGUCUAUGUGGACAUCGUGAUUAAUCAUAUGGCUGCAGCUCAAACAGAAAUGAUCGGAACGGCCGGAUCUACUGCUACGUAUAAAAAUUAUCCGAGUGCGGGAUACACUGAAAAAGAUUUUCAUCGGACCUGCUCGAUCCAAAGUUAUUUUGAUGCGUUUCAAGUGCGUAACUGUGAAUUAAUUGGAAUGCCAGAUUUGAAUCAUGGAUCGCAGUAUGUGCGUAGCAAAAUUGUAAGCUUUAUGAACUACUUGAUCGAUUUAGGAGCUGCUGGAUUCCAUGUGUUACAUUGCAAACACAUGUGGCCGAAUGAAUUGAAUGACAUCUACGAUGCAUUGAACAAUUUACGGGAAGAUUUUGAUUUUGAACCUGGAGCUCGGCCUUUCAUAAUGCAAGAAGUUCUUGACUUUGGUGAGGAGCCCGUAUCUAAAACUGAAUACACAAGUUUCGGUGUUGUGACGGAGUUCCUCUACUCCAGAGAUCUAUCGCAAAUUUUCGGAGAUGGAAACAACCUUACUGAGUUGUUUAAACUAGGUCCAGAGCUUGGAUUUCUACAAUCAGACGAUUCAUUAGUAUUUGUUGACAACCACGACACACAAAGAGCAUUUAGUUCAAAUGAUAAAAUGUCGUUAAACUUCAAAUCGAGAAAGAGAUACAUAAUGGCUAACGCCUUUUUGUUAGCCUAUCCAUUCGGUACGAUUCGCUUAAUGAGCUCCUACAAUUUUAGCGAAUAUGACAUUCAGCAAGGUCCACCGAUGGACGAAAACGAGAAAAUACUUUCGGUCACUCUUGACGACGAUGGAAAUUGUGAAAACGGUUGGAUAUGUGAACAUCGAUGGAAACCCAUCGUGCAAAUGGUUAAUUUUCGAGUGAAUGUUCAUGGCACAAGUAUAACGAAACGGAGAGUAUUUGACUGGAACACUGUCGGUUUUUGUCGGGAAGACAAAGGAUUUAUUGUUUUUACCAGCAGGAACUUUAGUUCUUUAGUUGGAAAUCUAAUUUUCGUAUGUGUGCCUGAGGGAAAGUAUUGUGAUGUGAUUGCAGGAUAUGAUGAAAAUGGAAAUUGUUUGAGUAUAGUUGAUGUGGAUAGUGAGAGCGAGGCAAUUUUAUUUAAGACCGAAGGCAGUAAUAACAACGGAAUUUUAGCCGUUCAUGUUGGAUCACGGCUUGAUUAAAUUAUUCGUACAGAACUACUGAACUUUGACUUUGUUUACUGAAAGAAUCACUCUCACACAAGAUUGUAUGGUGGUAAAUCGCAUCAACAAUACAAGUUGACGUUAUGGUAUUGUAUAGAUAUACAAUUAAUAAACUAUCUGAAGAAGAAAGUCUCCUGGUUAUCUUUUGCAAAAUUUCAUUUUUUUUAAGUGUACAUCAAAACAACGAAU